UAUUUUUCUUUUUUUUAAAGCUUUUUCACGCGAGAUUUUCGUUUUACUUGUCUCUGUAAGAAGGAAAGAGAAAAAGGAAAACCCAGUUUCAGUUUCUCUCUCUUUUUGUAGGAGGAAUCUUCUGAAAAGGAAAUGGUAAAUUUUUUGUUGUAAGGCUCCAACCCUCGAAAAAACCCUUUGUUCUUCUUCAUCUUCAGUUUGUAAAAAUUCCACCUUUGAGGCUGAUUUUCUUGGGAACAUGGAGUCUCUGCAGGGGAAAAAAAUGGAAGCUUUUGAUAAGCCAGCAAAAACCCUCUUUAGAGAUAGGUCUUUAGAGCAAGAUGCUAAACCCCUCAAGGAAAGUUCUAAAGGUGCUGCUGCGGCUGCUGCUUUUAUGGUUGAAAAGUCAUGGGAAAAUGGCGUUAGGGUUUCUAUAAAUGGAAAGGAAGGUUCUCGUGAUGAUGAAGAUGGUGACGGGCUUGAGGAUUCUGAGAUGAAUGGGGUUUCUUCUUUGUUGCAAAUGAAAGGAGGCGUUAGAAACAUUGAUGUUAAUGGUGGAAAUGAGAGUGCUAAAGGGUUUGGUUCUCUUUUAGGUGCUGUUGGUAGAAGUAAGGAAAUUGAUGAUGAAAAUGUGUUGGCAAGUGGUGAUGAUGGUGGUUCACUUAUGGUGGAUAUUCAUGGCGAAAUUGUGAAAACUGAUGGGAAAAGAAGGAGGGAUUUGGAUGAUAAGGAGAAUGGUGGUGGUGAUAUAAUGGGGAGGAUGGAUGCAAUAGUUGAUGAGGAAGGGGAUGAUGAUGUUGGUGGUGAUUGGGGGUGGGAGUUUUCUGCCGGUGAUUUCGUAUGGGGUAAAAUCAGGAGCCAUCCAUGGUGGCCAGGGCAGGUUUAUGAUCCAUCCAAUGCAUCAGACUAUGCAGUGAAGGUGAGACAGAAGGGAAGACUCCUUGUUGCAUAUUUUGGUGAUAGUUCAUUUGCUUGGUGCCACCCAUCUCAGUUGAAGCCUUUUGAGGAGAAUUUUGAGGAGAUGUCAAGAUUGAGUAACUCAAAGAAUUUUCUUAAUGCUGUACAGACAUCUGCAAAUGAAAUUGGCAGACUUGUAGAGUUGAAGAUGACAUGCACUUGUGUUCCAGAAGAGAAUUUUAUUGGACUUGACAGGUCCCUAGCUGCAAAUGCUGGGAUAAAGAAAGGAGUUCCUGUGCCUGAAGGUGGAAUUGGAAAGCUCUCAAUUGGUCUCUUUGCGCCUGAAGAAAUUCUUGGUAAACUGAAAGAUAUUGCACAGGCAGUUCUAAUGAGUAAUUUGCUUGAAUGUACAGUUUUGAAGGGCUGGCUUUCGGCUUUCUAUCGAUUGGUAGGGCGUCAAAUGCCCAUGUACCAUGAUCCCAUGUCAAUUCUGGACCCUGAAGAAAAUGUCAGUACUCUCGUGGUGGACAUGAGUGACUAUAGUGAGGCAAUGGAAGUCCCAAUCGCUGGGCUAGUUGAAGAAGAUUGGGUUUCUUCUACACCAGGUCUCAAAUUUGGCCAACGCAAUCAAACUUUGUUGAGGUGCCCGGAGAUUUCCGAGGAUGGCAUGUAUCUGAUGAGGAAACAGAAAAGCAUUGCUGAAAUUAUAAAAGGUGAAGUUGAUGCUGACGCCAGAAAGGAUGAGGAUGUGGCUCUGAAGGGAACAAAUUCAGGUGAACAAGCAUCCUCAUCUAGGAGGAAAAAGACAAAAGCUAAUGGUGAUGAUGACAGUAAUUUAAGUUCCAUAUCAAGGAAGAGGAAGGGAACUGAGCUUUCAGGAUAUCUUACAGCUAGAAAGGGCAAAAUGUCUACAGUUGAAACUGAUGGCAUCGGGGCGAAGGAAGAUAUGGAUAAGGGUUAUUCAUCAAGGGGAAGGAAAAAGAAAGAUAAAGGAGCCAGCAAUAAUGUUGAUGAUAGCAGGGGCAAAGAAGAUACCAAUAACGAUCCUGUCUCUGCUAGAAGGAAAGCCAAUGUUGGUUCAGGGGUUGGAAAAAGUGAUGUUGAAGCCAAAGACCUUAUUGAGAGUGGUUCUUUAUUGAGAGAAAGGAAAAAGAGCAAGUACUUAUCCCCUCCUUACACAAGUCCAACUGGGAAGCUAAGCAGAAUGGGCAUAGAAGCAGAAUCCUUAAAGGUUUCCAAUGAGUCCCAAUUAGGAGAGCAGAUGACUAAGGCUACUGGCAACCUUGUUAGGUCCUCUCAGGUUCCCAAUUAUAGUGGUCAAAGGAAUCAACUCCCUGAAGAAGUUCAUACAGAGCAGGAAGCAUCAAAUGAAUCAAGUUUUCAUACACCAAAACGAUACCUGAAUAGGAUGAUUGAUCUGGCAAAAGCUAACACUCCUGCCAAUGAAGUUUUAAUUGAAGUGCAGUCUGUAGCUCUUAGUCCACAAUACCCAAGGAAAAACAACACUUUUGAGAUUGCUGUGGAGUUUUUAUCUGAAUUCAGAAGCUCAGUUUACCGAGAUGGAUUAAAUUACAAAAUAUAUAGUCAAUUUCAACCUCAUAGAAAGAGGAAAUCUCCGGACUCUGUUACUGGGUCAUCAGGAAAGGACCAAAAUUUGACUGAUUAUGCUCCCUCUGGACGGACAUCCCUGAAGAAAAAGGUUGGAAAGAAUGAAGAGUCGAAGAUGGCGCAAUCUGAAGCUGGGCAGGCUACCAGGUCUUCACCGAAGAAAACAAGUGAAGAACUGAAGGCAUACAACCCUGAAAUCAAGCAAGCUGCCAGGGCUGCAGUUAUGAAGAAAAAUGAUAAUGAAGUUGAAAAUUCUUUACCUACUGCUCUCUUUGUGACAUUUGGCCCCGGAUCCUCAUUGCCUACCAAAGAUGAUCUUAUUAGAAUAUACAGCAGGUAUGGAGCUCUAAACGUGGAGGAUACAGAUAUGUUCUACAAUAAUUUCUGUGCUCGUGUUGUCUUCAUAAGAAGCUCUGAGGCUAAACAAGCCUUCAACAGUUCACAAUAUGCUAGUCCCUUUGGAGCUUCCAAUGUCAGUUUCCGGCUUCGGAUUCACCCAGCUGCAUCAGCUCAUGAUCACAGGGAAAAACCAAGUGCAAAACCUUCUCCUUUAGCUAAGGAGAGAGCGAAAAGCUCAAAGAAGUCAUUGGCUUCCCAAAAAUCAGCUGAUCAGGCAUCCCAAAAUUCAGCUGAUCAGGCAUCGCAGCUUAACUUCAUCAGGCACAAACUUGAGAUGCUGACGUCAAUGCUGGAGAAAUCAGAUGAAAAGAUGUCCUCAGAAAUAAAAUCCAAAGUACAUAGUGAGAUAAAAGGCCUCUUGGAGAAGGUAAACACAAUGGUUAAGUCUUCAUCUUAAACCGGGACAUAGCAAAAUACUAGAUGUUUGGGGUUCUACAUAGCAACUCUGUACUACUGUUUAUGUCAUUGCUGUUACAUGAGGUAGGGUUUAUAUGAUAUAGGUAAGUUGCUUUAGUUCUAGUUACCAGUUCCAUAUGUUAAAUUACCACAGGCUUUAUCAGCUACUCAGGCAUAUAUAGCUCAAACUGCAGUAGUUGGAUUAUGUUAUCAUGAAUACAGAUUCUGUUACUUUCGAGCAGAAUGGAAUCAGUUUUUUUUUUUUUUAAAUGUUCAUUGCUUUUUAUAGUUACUACGAAAUUGUCAGAUAUGACAACUCUUCCCAGUC